AUGGAUGUCAAGAAGAGAAAAAAUCUGGACUUUUCGUCAAAGCUGGGGAUCAUACGACGGGUCGAACACGGUGAGAAGAAAUCGUCCGUAGCAGAUGCAUUCAGCAUUCCCCGAAGCACGUUGAGUACAAUUCUCAAGAACAAGGCCGAGAUAAAAGUGAAGGCAUCGGAACAGAAUCGUUCCGGAACUUGCCGUGUACGUGCUCCAGCCUACGAUAAAGUCGAAAAAGCUUUGUACAGUUGGUUUUUGGACAUCCGCUCGAGGAACAUUCCGGUGGACGGCCGAAUGUUGAUGGAAAAAGCAAAAUGUUUCGCCAUGAUGUUUGAAGAGCAAAACUUUUGUGGUGGUUCUGGCUGGCUGCAGCGCUUCAAGAACCGGUAUGGAAUUGUCGGAAAAGCUGUGUCUGGCGAAAGUGAGUGCGCCAACAACGGUGACAUAGAGAAGUGGCUGGCAGAAGAGUGGCCAGAAAUUUGUGCAGCGUUUUCUCCGGCAGAUGUCUUCAAUGCUGAUGAGACAGCACUCUUCUGGCAAAUGCUUCCCAACAAGACGCUGGAUUUACGGGGCAGCACGUGCCACGGAGGAAAAAUGAGCAAGGUGCGUGUCUCCAUCCUUCUUGCUGCGAAUAUGGACGGAUCAGUGAAGCUACGGCCGUUUGUGAUUGGCAAAAGUAAAUCGCCACGUUGCCUAAAGAACUGCAAAAGCCUGCCAGUUCGUUACGGAUUUAACAAGAAAGCGUGGAUGACGCGGGACAUUUUCGUCGAAUGGCUGAAGGAAUGGGACGCGCAGCUAGCCAGGUCUAGCCGCAAGAUUUGUCUACUUCUGGACAAUUGUUCAGCGCAUAGUACCUCUGUGAAGCUGAAGAACAUUACGAUCAAGUUCCUGCCACCAAACACCACGUCGAAAUUGCAGCCACUUGACCAGGGAGUUAUAAAAGCAUUCAAGGUAGCAUACAGGCGACGACUUGUGCAGAGGCUCCUCGUGAACCUUCGAGUGGGCCUGGAACUGAAAGUAGAUCUGCUCGGUGCAAUGCAAAUGAUAGCCGGAGCAUGGGCUGAUGUAAAACAAAGCACCAUCGUAAACUGCUUCGGAAAAGCAGGACUAGUUGCGGCCGCCGAGAAUGUGUGUGCUGUGACGGAGGACGACGAUGAUGUGAGUUGUUUGGACGCGACGCUUCGAGAACUGUCGGUGUUUCCGGGCGUCGUUGCCCCGUCUGUGAGUGCGACAGACUACGCCGGUGUCGACGAUGCUGCGGAAGCUGUGGCAGAGCUCACUGAUGCAGACAUUGUGGCCGACAUUGCAGGUGCCGAUGAAGGGGAUAGCACCGACGACGAAGAACCACAACCAUUGCCGACAGCUACUGAGCUCAUUUCGGCGUUCCAAGUAAUUCAUCGCUGCUGUGUGGACAUGGAAGGCUCCGGCCUUACAAACAUGGAGCAUCUUGAAAAAAUUGAGACGCGUGUGCUUAACUUCCUGGCCCACAACAAGACACAAGCCAAGCCGUCUACCUUGCCUCCUGACAAAGAUCGAGCGCAGGCAACUCAGCGAACUGAAGUGGUGACACCAGCACCUGAGAGUGCCAUAGAGGACUGCGGCACGUUGGAGACAAACACAGAAUUCAGCUGCACAACGAGCAAUGAAGAGGAACCACAGCUCACUAAUGCAUUGAAGAGGGUCCAGGAGCCAAUCACCGAGUACGCAUCUCAGUUUCUUACCGACAAGCACGUGACUGCGUGUGAGGCACAGUUAAACUUGAGGAAGUGGAGGAAUCUAUGGAAUCAACAGGUGACUUCUGGGCAGAAGUCCUCCACGUCCGAAGUGGACUUGAUGCAUUAA